AUGUACGGCGAAUUUCCCGAAGUGGUGGAUGCCAAGAGGGUAGAGCAGCAGGGGGAGGAGGAAACCGUCCCGGCAUUGCCUCAGAAGAGUGCUCUGAGGGCUUCAAGGUUGCUUGACAGCUUGGCUCAGCUCAAGAUGAGUGGGACGGUUGAGACUGCCGAGUUGGAAAAGCCGUCUCCACUUGGCGACGUCUAUCUCUCUUCCGAGGAGGAAGCUUCCUCGGACACCGACAGCCUAUCCGACUAUGUCUACGAGUCCAGCAACGAGAAGGAAGCCUCUAGCGCCACAACGACCUCCCGACGAAGUAGCCGUGAAGACACUGCCCGUGUUGUUUCGGUCAUCUUUUCUGGCAGGCCCUCGAUCGUCGACCUCACCACCCUCAGGAGGGGUUCCGCAGCGCCGAGCCUAGGGGGAGGCCACAUGAGGAAGCGGUCAAGCACAGUGUCCUGCAAUAUCCCCAUCGAGCGGACGGUCACACCAGCCAGCCCCAUGUCAGCUUUUGCGCUUCCCGAACGGAAGAGUAGUCUUCCCAUCGAUAUGAUGCCCAUGAGGAAGCCUCACUUUCUCAACGUUGACCCGUUCGCAAACGGCAGCUCCAUCUCGCUGGAUGUUCCCAGAGCCGAUACUGCAGAGGACGUGACGAGCCCGGCGAGAUCUCCCAGGACACCAACUAUGACUCUGUUGAAGGGAGUUACGAGGACCUUCAGCCUCGUUAGGAAGAGGAGCCGUCCGGCGCUGGCGAGCCCCCAGCCACUAUCAGAGCGCACCACACCGCCUCCUUCAAGACACUCUAUGAAGCCGCCACCAUCCCGCAGCAGCAUGAUGCCGCUCUCUGUCACCAUGCCUCUCCCUGAGGAAGCCCCGGAGCAGCUUGUUGUACCGGGGUCACCCGCUACCUCUGAUAAGUCGUCAAGGAAGAACUUCAGAAUGUCCACGCCAUCUGGGCCAUCCUCAUCGCCACAGCCUCCAUCACUGCCAGAGGAUGCUUCGCCCGUCUCUCCUCUUUCUCCUACCAGCGUCCCAAGGAGAGGACUCCUCAGCGGGUUUGCGGCAAGGCGCAAGAGCAUCAAGCUGACGGGACGGAUCAACAUUGCAUAAAGCGACGCGACACGCAGCAUGUACCAAACCGAACCAGACACUGAUAAUUUUUU